CAAAAGGCACCAAAAUACCCCACUAAAAAAAAGUAACCAAACUACCUUUUUCGCACUAAAUUAGUGUGCAAUAGGCCCAAACUGCAAAUUUACAGUUAAGUUCUAUUGCACACUAAAUUAGUGCGCAAUAGAGGGUUUUUUUUUUUUUUUUUUUACAAUUUUAAAGUUCUCAAAUUCACGUUUUUUUCAUACUUUGACCAAAGAUUAGUCACGUUUCAAAACUCCGAAAUAUCAAUAUUUUAUAUAGAACUUGAUAUCGUUUUUUGCGGACAACAAUUUCGGCUCAUUACAUCAAGUAUACCUAAACGUUUGGAUCAUCGUUUUAGGGGUUGUAAAGUGCCCUGAAGUAAGUUUUGUUUGUUUGAAUCUUGUUAUCUUUAGGUUUAAGAAAUAUAUUCACUUUUUAUGUUUUAUAGUGUUCGGUAAUGCUAUUUAUCUUGUUUUCUCAAGUUGAAUUUCCAACAUUGAAAUUGACAUUCAAAACUUCAUUACCACAACAUUUCCGGAAUAUCAAUAUUUUAACUGAUAUCUUUUACUGCGAACAAUAAUGUAGGCUUAAACGUUUUGGUUCGUCGUUUUAUUUUAUUAAGUUUUAACUUUUUUUUUUUUUUUUUCAGUCAAGGCAAUUUUAUUUUAAGGAGCAUGAGGGAGAAAAUAGUUGUACCUUGAUGAAACUUUGAACGGUCAUAACUUUGCGCUCGGUUGUCUGUUUUACGCAAUUUUUUUGUUGAUUUUGGUUAUUUUUCCGAGAUCUAGCGGUUCAAACUGCUGCAAGGCGGUUUGGCUGGGCCGAUUUUCCAAAAAACGCCUGUUAUCUCAUUCAAUUUGAAUUUUCCCCCAAAUUGGUGCUCAAUUUUCAUUCUUCCUUGGUAAAAAUCUGAUGAUAAAAGGUAGAUUUCAAGAUGGAAACCUCGUGGUAAUGAAGUUAUGAAUGUUAAUUUCAAUGUUCGAAAUUCAAUUUGAGAAAACAAGAUAAAUAGCAUUAGUGAACACUAUAAAACAUAAAAAGUGUCUACAUAUUCCUUAAAUGCCAACUUGGCUUGGUGGUCUAGCUAUUUGACUACUUUUUUACCUCAAUCACUAAGGAUCGAACCUUGGUGGAGAGACAUGAUAAAUAUUUGGUAUUGUUUUGUUAUUGUAUUUUGAACCUCUCGUAUCGAAUGAAUUAUUUUUUAAUAGAAUAUUUUUAUUUGUACAUUCGAAAUAAAGUAAUGUCUUGACUAAAUAAUAAGACACUUAAAUCAAAACCUUAUAAAAUUAAACACUUAAACCUAAAGAUAACAAGAUUCAAACAAUUGCGGUGGUUGGCCUGGUGGUAAUUGGCUUGAGCCUUGGGGUUUGCUCCCUUUCAAGGUCUCAAGUUCGAAACCCACUGGGUGCAAACAAUUUCUGAGGCCCAUCGGACUGGGGUAAAACCCUGAAUUACCUGUGGUGCACUUGCGGGAAACUCCUUGCCGAGGGCCUGUGCACCCCCGGGAUUAGUCGGGGCUCAAAGAGACCCGGACACCCGGUGCUUAAUUUAAAAAAAAAAAACAAGAUUCAAACAAAACUUACUUCAGGGCACUUUACAACCCCUAAAACGACGAUCCAAACGUUUAGGUAUACUUGAUGUAAUGAGCCGACAUUGUUGUCCGCAAAAAAAUGAUAUCAAGUUCUAUAUAAAAUAUUGAUAUUUCGGAGUUUUGAAACGUGACUAAUCUUUGGUCAAAGUAUGAAAAAAACGUGAAUUUGAGAACUUUAAAAUUGUACAAAAAAAAAAAAAAAACCUCAUUAGUGCGCAAAAGGUAGUUUGGUUACUUUUUUUUUAGUGGGGUAUUUUGGUGCCUUUUGACGCUUUUUGGGUUAAAAAAGUUGCGGACUCUGUCACCUUGCAUGAGAAACAAAUUUCCAAAGUUGAGGUCUAACACAAAGAGUGAAGCACCUCAGGAGGCCGGCUUGGAAGUGAGGCUUGGUACCCAAGCCAUCCAGAAGAAAAGUAGUUUCAAGUAUCUUGGGUCUAUUAUGCAAGGCAGCGGGGAGAUUGACGAUGAUGUCACACAUCGUAUUGGGGCAGGGUGGAUGAAAUGGAGGCUUGCUUCCGGAGUGCUAUGUGACAAGAAGGUGCCACCACAACUUAAGGGCAAGUUCUACAAAGUGGUGGUUAGACCGACUAUGUUGUAUGGGGCGGAGUGUUGGCCAGUUAAGAUUUCUCUCGUUCAAAAGAUGAAAGUUGCUGAGAUGAGAAUGUUGAGAUGGAUGUGUGGCCACACCAGGAGUGACAGGUUUAGGAAUGAGGAUAUUCGGGACAAGGUGGGAGUGGCCUCGGUGGAAGACAAGAUGCGAGAAGCGAGAUUGAGAUGGUUUGGGCAUGUGAAGAGGAGAGACACAGAUGCCCCAGUGCGGAGGUGUGAGAGGUUGGCCAUGGAUGGUUUCAGACGAGGUAGGGGUAGGCCAAAGAAGUAUUGGGGAGAGGUAAUUAGACACGACAUGGCGCAGUUACAGCUUACCGAGGACAUGACCUUAGAUAGGAGGGUUUGGAGGACCCACAUUAGGGUAGAAGGCUAGUAGAUAGUCUCAUUAUCCUGUCUUAUUAGUAGUCGCAUUAUCGUAGUAUAAUUUCUUGUGCUCUGAUUUAUGCUAUUAUCUGUUAUUUCCUGUGCUUUGAUUAUUCUAUGUUAUCUGUGUCGCUUGCGUUACUUCAUUUCCAUAUCGCUUUGAAUCUCUUAGCCUUAUCUGACCUCUUUUUAUGUUUUUUUAUUGAGCCGAGGGUCUUUCGGAAACAGCCGUCCUACCUUGGUAGGAGUAAGGUCUGCGUACACUCUACCCUCCCCAGACCCCACGUUGUGGGAUUUCACUGGGUUGUUGUUGUUGUUGUUGUUGUUGAGGUCUAACACAAAGAUAAAACACCAGUAGGUUCUUGUUACUGGGGUAAUGGUAGGUGUUAAGAUACUUAUAUCAGCCUAUUAAACAUGCUUGUCUUUUUACCUUUUGGUGCCAGAUAAAGUGAAUAACGAGGAGUAGAGAUUUCAUCUUUCAAUUGUUAUUUUUAAUAUUGCUUUGGACUAUCCGUACUUCGUGCAUCAUUUAGAGGAAUAAUGAACUAGAUUCUCUUUGUGGGGGUGCGGGGUUGUGAGCGAGGAAGGUUCAGCUUCGUUAGAAUCACAUCACCAUCAAUAUUGACUAGGUGAUUUACAUGACUCAUAUAUUUUUAUGCACAUGUAUUGAUACCCACAAAAAGAAAAAUAAAUACGUAGAACUAUUGAGGAUUCAGCUAACAGACGACACCAGUUUAUAUUGAGGCAUAGUUGUUGAUAGGUCUAUUUGGAAAAUUUUCAUGUCGGACAAGCUUUUUGUCAUGUUAAUCUUUAGUUGGUGAACCUGAACAUGUAAUUUCAUGUGUGUAAGUUUAUGAACUGUAGUUUCCCACUAGACUUUAUUGUGUGUUACAUUUAUGGUUAAAUCCUUGCAGGUUGCUUUUAGGACAAAAGUUUUCCAUCCAAAUAUCAAUAGUAAUGGGAGUAUAUGCUUGGACAUACUGAAGGA